AUGUCUCCCAUCUGGAUCGCCUUCACUCUCCUCCUCAUCCUCCUCCUCCUCUACCUCUGGCCCACCCAUCCCACCCGCAAUCCUACCUCGCCAACACCCCCUUCCUCCUCCCUCCCCCCCUAUCCCAACCUCGAAGAACCCCUCCACCACCAAUCCACCUGGCCCUACCCACCCCGCAACCCAGCCACCAACUGGCAAACCGACGCCGAACUCCUCGACGAAAUCGCCUCCAACCGCCAACGCCUCAUUUCCCGCCGCGGCAUCCCGCGCGAAGACUGCCCCUACUGGGACCCCGUGCUCCAGCAAAACACCUCGCCGCCGAAAUUCGGCGUCUAUGUUCCGAAAUACAUUGUCGAUCUGCCGUGUUUCCAGCAGCCCAGUUUGACCACCCCCGGUAACUCCUCUACUACUUCGCCUCCUCAACCGGCUAUGCCGGAGUCUCCCUCCCUCCAGAUCCAAAUCGCCACUCACUACAUCCUCACCCUCCGAUCCUUCAUCCUACCAAUCCUCUUCGUCAUCGACGCCGCUCAGCACGACGGUCACCGCGUCCUCGACCUGUGUGCGCAGCUAAGCGCGCACUUGACGAACCUUUUGCCCUCGCUGCGCUUCCUGGCACCGCUUUUUAAGGAUAAUCUGGAGGGACUGCGCGGGUCUUUGGAUAUCCCGGCUGAGCAUUUGUACGUCUUGUUUCUUUGGCUUGGGGCGCAGGGGACGCUGCCGUGCGAGGUUAUGAGGGUGUUGGAGGUAAUUGAGGAGGUUCUGGUUUUGCUUGGGGGCGAUGUGAGAAGGGGCGCUGGUGGGCCCGGGAGAGAGGUGGUUGUUGCUGCUCGUGCUGCUGCUGGUCAGUGUGUUGGUGUUCAGAUGGUUUCUGGAAACCAGGAGGCGGGAGCUGGAGAAUCGGGUUCUAAUAAGCGUACUGCUGGCGGUAUGCUUGGGAAUUAUACGGUUACGAGGGAUGAGUGUGUUGGGGGAGUGGAUAAGAGGGAGAGGAAGAGUAAGAGGGAGGUGAAGAAGGCGGAUACCCGGUUCAGGGUUCCGAAAUAUGGUGAAGAGGAGGAUUUGUUGUGAGGGAUGGGUUGUUGGAUAUGAGGCAGGGAGCGAGGACAUGGCAUAGUGACGGGAUUCAUUUUCGUUUCUGGGUACUUCUUGGAG